CAGAACCACCGCGGGCGCCUUUCACGUGACUCGCCUCCUGUGAAAAGAUCCGUGCGGGAGCCGCCAGGGCUUCUCCGCCGAUUGCCCCAAAAGUCAUGCCCGUUUAGAAACCUGCCGAAAUAAGGGAAAGAGGGCAACAGAGAGAGAGAGAGAAAAGAAAGAAAAGAGGAGGCUUGGCGCGGCCGGAGUCGAGUUAGACAACCCACCAAGAGAGCCACCUGCCGGCGCGAUGACCCAGAGGAGGGGGGACCAGGUGAGAAUCCCACCUGGGGCGACUGGCUUGUACAGAGCGGUGCUAGUCAAAUCAGCAUCUAUGUAUUCAGACAUACCACCAGAGCGGCCUGAUAUUGGGAAUAUCAUGACUCAUCCUGAUUAUCUUGAUGGAAACCCGGAUCUUAUCAAACCUAAAAAGCUGCACAAUCCUGUCAGAGCCUCAAAAAGCCACCAAGAACUUCACCGGGAACUACUUAUGAAUCACAGAAGAGGAGUUGAGAGUAAACCAGAACUGCAAAGAGUCCUGGAACAUCGCCGCCGAAACCAGCUGUUGAAACAGAGGAAAGAAGAAGAUGAAGCAAAAAAAUUCAAAUCUCCAUUUGAACAGGAGCUCUUGAAAAGGCAACAGAAGCUUGAUGAGCUGGAAAGGGAAGAUGAGAAGCAAGAAGAGAAUGCACCAGAAUUUAUUAAAGUCAAAGAAAAUCUGAGGAGAACGUCUACACUACCUGGGGCAGAGUAAAGCAUCAGCUAAGACCAAAAUAGAUUAAGACCUUCUGCUUUGAAUACCUACAUGCUGACAUUUUGGUAAACAGUGGACAUUCAAAGUUUUGUCUUGGUGGCUACUUACUGUUCAUUAAUGUUUGCUCCAAAUUAAAAAAAAAUGAUUGGGGCAUUUUCACAUCUAGGAAAAGAAGAACAUCAAAACAAAGUGGCUUUUUGUUCACAAGGGUCCUCAGAUGAGGAAAAAGAUAGGGAAGGUAAUAGAGACCUCACCUUCCUUUCAAGUACUGAGAUAAUACGGUGCCCUUUCCCAUCACUAACCCUUGGCUAAUCCUUUGAGAUUCAGCAGGACAGGCGCACGUGUGGAAUGGGAGAUGUAGUCUGAAGAGAGAUUGCUAAACAUUUGAGAUUCAGAUGUUUAUAUAGCAGAGCAGUUCCGUUGCUGGUUUUGAAACCUUCAGUUUAAUUAAAUUAAUGCUUGAGGGAGCAAGUUGGGAAACUAAAAAAGAUGGUAAAAAGGGAAGUUACGGUCAAUAAGAAAGUACUAGCUAAGAUUUAGAGCACAUCAACCUAGGCUGGCACCUUAGGUGCUGUAUCCCAUCAACAAUAACCAGUAAAAAAUAUGUGUGUGUUUCCUCGUUCUUGGGAUUUAGCAAAUAUGAAAUGUUUAAGAUUCUUGUCACAAAUCAACAUCCGUGAUAGUUGGAUAGUCAAGUUUACUUGACAAAUAGAUUCUGAGUUAUUUCCAAAGAGUGGGAUUGUCCACCAGUCUUUCAGCAUCUAAUUCUGAUGUCCAGAAUGAGAAGCAGAAAUAAGAUAAGAUACUUCCUGGGGAAAAAAAAUCCUUAAGAAUUGCAGAAAAAGUAGGAGAAAGUGCAGUCCUCUGAAUGUGUAAAAAAAAAGCGACACAAAAAGCAUACAUCUAUGUGUGUGUCUCAAAAAAGCAAGUGACAAGUCCACAAAAAGGGAUUUGCGCGGGAAAUGACAAAGAAUUCUAGGGAGAAAGUCGAAGAACAAUACCUGAUGUAGGGUCUUCUGAAUUUUGCACAAAUAUAAUACAUUAAACUAAGAUUCUUUUUUAAAAAUAUAUAAUAAAGUUGAAGAUUAUUUAUAGAUUAUAGCUAUAUGAAGUCUACUCUUCCCAGGUGCCCUUUCCUGUUUUAAAAACCCUGAAUAUGCUUACUAUCCAGAUAUUGACUGUAAUACAGACUGUUUUAGAUGGAUUUUAAAAUAUAUGAUAGCAGGAGGGCAAAAAGAUGAGUUGCCAAUCCCUCUUCAGCUCUGCUUUCUGGAUGUGGGGUCAGGAAUAGCUCACAUGCCCAUCCAAGGAAGUACCACUCAUUUUUGGUUUUCAAAAGGAUAGCUGUGUUUUUUUACACCAAAAACAAGAGACUUCAUCUAAAGACUUCUUAAAUUUCUUUGUUAUUCGUUUAUUAUUCAUUUAGUCUUGAACCGAAGAUAAACAUAACCAAAAGCCACAAUUGGGUUUUUUUCUUAGUUUCGCAAUUUAUAGUACAGAUUACGGUCAGCUUUUCUGGUAGGAUGGACCCUCUGAGAUGCAGAUUACCACCAGGGAAGUACCAGCCAAAAUAAUACAUAACACAUAUUAUCUAUAUGUAUCAUCUAGAAUUCAUAUAUGAUUUGAUUGUAACCACAGAUUUUGGGGUGGGGGGAAAGCUUAUUAAUAAAGAGCAGUUGUAUAUUUUGUGAAGUUUACAUUCUGUGAAUUAAAGGAGGCAACAACCAAAUAAACUUAA